UUUAAAAAUGUAUCUUAAAGCCUUAUUUAUUUGCAUAAUAGUUUCUUAUAGUUUUUGGGAAGCCGAAUGCUCUUUCGGACUUAGUUCUUUUCGUUCUGCAAGAACUUCUGGAAAAGUUAAGAAAUCCAAAAAUAUUACAUAUUGUGAUGGAAACCAACUAUUGCUGCAGUUGGCUAAUCUGUAUAUUGUGAGUCCAGAACGCAUUGUUUUGUUGCUCACAACUGAAAGUUACAAUGACACCUGUGAAGAUUUGCGAAGUAUGCUCACACAUAUAAACGCCACAUUAUCAACCUGCGUUCCUCUGCCAACAGCAAAACUUUACCUAAAACUGAGAGACGGAAGUGAAUACUUCGACAAACAUAUCUGUUGCAAUCUAGAUACCAAAAAGAAACACAUCGUUAAUUACCACCCUUGUCUAGUAGAACUAAGAGAUGACUUAAUUGAUUGCGAAGGGCCACCAGAUUGGUUUGAACAAAAGAACAAAAAGGCAGUAUGUCAAGAUUUGGUCGAUGUUGUGAAUUGUUAUUAUAUAAAAGCAGCUAUGUUAUGUGGAAAGAAAGCUGCUAAACUGCUGCGUGAGUUUUCAAUUAAUGUAUUGAAACAUGUUAUAAUGUGCGACUGCCAUGUGCCAUCCUCUUUGCCGUAUGUAUGUGAUGCUAUGCCUUCGGAGGGCGCCCUAAUGAAACCAAUAUCUCUUAAUUACGUUAUUAUAUUUUUACUAAUUUAGCUGUUUAAUUUUAUAUAAUAAAUAUGUUUUACAUUUAACUA